CGAUGUUCUGUCGCGACAGAGUGUGAGUGCGACAGCGACAGAGCCAGAGCCGAGGAGCGAGUGAUGUUACGAAUCUUACGAUGAGAAUCGCGAUUUAAAAAGUGAUCGUCGUGUCUUUCUCCCUUCCUAUUUUUAAUCGUCCGGAGAUAAAAAAAUUGCAACAUAUCGUAAACGGCACGCGACAAGAGCGCGACAUCGCGCGCUAAAAUGAGCCUCAGCAUAACGAAGCUAUUCUCGAGGAAGAAAGCCGCUGAGAUUGGUUUACCCACAAACGUCUCUCAUCAGUUUCAUGUGAGUAAAAAUGCCGAGACAGGACAACUGGAGGGUCUGCCCGAAUCUUGGAUUCGGUUGCUCAACACCCAGAUAUCGAAAUCAGAGCAGGACGAGCAUCCUGCCGCUGCAUUGCAAGCCAUCAAAUUCUACAACUACUCGAUCAAACGAAAACCAGAGGAAAAGGUAUUCAAACCUUUCGUUACAGAAGAUCUGAUCGAGGAGGAGUCUCAGGAGAUCGACAAAAUCUUGACGAAGAAAUACCAAUCCAGAGAUUCAGACGGUUCAGGUUCUGUGAGCUCUACGGACAGUCAAGAACAGAAGUUGCCAGAGCUUCCACCCAAGGUUAAUAAAAUCCCGAAGCCCACUCCACGAAUAUGUCUGGACAGAGUCGAAAAGUCUCUCACCGAAAUUUUGGAAGAUUUAAACACCUAUCGAAUAGAGGACGAUCAAUUGCCGGAGGAUGGAAACACUCCGAACAAAACAGAGGAGAGUCCUGUUCUGAGAAGAAAAACAACAGAUUCCACAGGGGUGAAGCUCAGCGACGAAGAAGUUUUUGAGGAGCUCAGAACUAUCUGUCACAGCGGAGAUCCUAACCUUCGAUUCGAAAGAACCAAGGAGGUCGGUGCUGGUGCUUCGGGUACUGUAUUCAUAGCCACUGAUUUGCAAACCAAUCAGCGAAUAGCCGUAAAGGAUAUAGAUUUAUCGAAACAACCAAAGAAGGAACUAAUAUUGACGGAAAUUAAGGUUCUCAAAGAAUUUCAGCAUCCGAAUCUGGUUAACUUCUUGGAUGCGUACCUUAUAGAUGAACAUUUGUGGGUAAUUAUGGAACUGUUGGAGGGUGGACCAUUGACAGAUGUUGUUACUGAAACCGUAAUGAAGGAGGCACAGAUUGCUGCAGUUUGUAGGGAAGUUUUGAAGGCAAUUAGUUUUUUGCAUACAAGAGGAAUUAUUCACAGAGAUAUCAAGUCUGACAAUGUACUUCUUGGGAUGAAUGGUGCUGUGAAAGUUACAGACUUCGGUUUUUGUGCUAAUAUUGAUGGUGAUGAGAAACGACAGACUAUGGUUGGUACUCCAUAUUGGAUGGCACCAGAAGUAGUGACAAGAAAACAGUAUGGUAAAAAGGUGGAUAUAUGGUCUUUAGGUAUUAUGGCUAUCGAAAUGAUAGAGGGCGAACCACCUUAUAUGAAGGAAACACCUUUAAGAGCAUUGUAUUUAAUUGCUGCUAUUGGUAAACCUUCUAUACCCAGAUGGGACACAUUAAGUCCAAUAUUUCAGAACUUUUUAGAAAGGUGUUUAGCUGUUGAAGUUGAUGAGAGAGCAACAGCCGAUGAAUUGCUCUCUCAUCCAUUCUUAGAGAACUGUGCGGAAUUAACAACCCUUACACCAUUAAUUCGAGCAGCACAGAAAAUACUUCAUAAAGCUUUCUACUAAAUAUUAUUUUAAAGUAAGAGUUAAAAUAUUUGUGUCAGGUUUAUUAUGCAUUUGUAUUCUCAAGUGCACAGAAUACUGCAUUGAUGUGAUUUAUACAAUGGAAAGUAUUUCUUAUAUUGCACAAGGAAUAUAAUUGUAUG